AUGGCAGCUUAUGACUUCCCAGAUAAUCGUCACUUCCACCUCAUCCAAGAAAGGACAUCUUAUUACUUCCCAGAUAACUGCAACACUACUACUUCUCUUAUCCGUGGUAGCUUUCCGGCAGGUUUCAUUUUUGGGACAGCAUCAUCAUCUUAUCAGUUAGAAGGUGCAGCAGCUGAAGGAGGCAGAGGACCAAGUAUCUGGGAUACUUUCACCCACAAAUAUCCAGACAAGAUAGCGGAUCGAUCGAAUGGAGAUGUAGCUGUUGAUUCAUAUCAUCGCUACAAGAAAACUCAAAAGGGAGUGAUAGGUAUCACAUUGCUUUCUCAUUGGUUUGUGCCAUUUUCUGAUGCGAAACAAGACCGUCAUGCUGCCAAGCGAGCUCUAGAUUUCAUGUUCGGAUGGUACAUGGAUCCAAUAGUCAAUGAUGAUUAUCCAAGCUCAAUGAAAUCUCUUGUUGGAAAACGAUUACCCAAAUUCUCAAAAGCACAAUCCAAACUGCUGAAAGGAUCAUUUGAUUUUCUCGGGUUGAACUAUUAUACUGCUAAUUAUGCAGCUCACAUACCCCUUUCUGUUUCUCUAAAACCAAGCUAUUUAACAGAUUCUCGUGCUAAUCUUUCAAGUGUGCGAAAUGGUGUCCCCAUCGGUGCAAAGACUGCUUCAGAUUGGCUUUACGUUUAUCCAAGGGGAAUUCGAGAUCUUUUACUCCAUAUAAAGAGAGAGUACAACAAUCCACUCAUUUACAUCACAGAAAAUGGUGUAGGUGAAACCCAUGAUGAUUCGAUAAGUCUUAAGGAAGCCCUUGCUGACAACGUGAGGGUUGAUUACUAUUAUCAUCAUCUUUCCUUCCUUCAAAGAGCAAUCAAGUAA